AGCGGAGAAGGCGAAGCGGCCGGCCGGGGCGAGGCAGAUGGGGCUCAAGGCUCGCAAGGCGGCGGGGGCGGCCGGCGGCGGAGGCGACGGGGGCGGCGGAGGCGACGGGGCUGCUGCUAACCCCGCGGGAGGGGACGCGGCGGCGGCCGGCGACGACGAGCGGAAAGUGGGACUGGCGCCCGGCGACGUGGAGCAAGUCACCUUGGCGCUCGGGGCCGGAGCUGACAAAGACGGGACCCUGCUGCUGGAGGGCGGCGGCCGCGAUGAGGGGCAGCGGAGGACCCCGCAGGGCAUCGGGCUCCUGGCCAAGACCCCCCUGAGCCGCCCGGUCAAGAGGAACAACGCCAGGUACCGGCGCAUCCAAACUUUGAUCUACGACGCCCUGGAGAGACCGCGAGGCUGGGCGCUGCUCUACCACGCGCUGGUGUUUCUGAUUGUCCUGGGCUGCUUGAUUCUGGCUGUCCUCACCACUUUCAAGGAGUAUGAGACAGUUUCGGGAGACUGGCUUCUGUUACUGGAAACAUUUGCUAUUUUCAUCUUUGGAGCCGAGUUUGCUUUAAGGAUCUGGGCUGCCGGAUGCUGCUGCCGAUACAAAGGCUGGAGGGGAAGAUUGAAGUUUGCCCGGAAACCCCUGUGCAUGCUGGACAUCUUUGUGCUGAUUGCCUCUGUGCCUGUGGUUGCUGUUGGAAACCAGGGGAAUGUCCUGGCCACCUCCCUACGAAGCCUGCGCUUCCUGCAGAUUCUGCGCAUGCUGCGGAUGGACCGGAGGGGAGGGACGUGGAAGCUUCUAGGUUCAGCCAUCUGUGCUCACAGCAAAGAGCUCAUCACUGCCUGGUACAUUGGAUUCCUGACCCUCAUCCUUUCUUCAUUUCUUGUCUACCUGGUUGAGAAGGAUGUGCCGGAGGUGGGUGUACAAGGAGAAGAGGUGAAAGAAGAGUUUGAAACUUAUGCAGAUGCCCUUUGGUGGGGUCUGAUCACAUUGGCCACCAUUGGCUAUGGAGAUAAAACUCCCAAAACAUGGGAAGGUCGUCUGAUCGCUGCCACCUUCUCCUUAAUUGGCGUCUCCUUUUUUGCCCUUCCAGCAGGCAUCCUGGGGUCAGGGCUGGCACUAAAGGUCCAGGAGCAGCACCGUCAGAAGCACUUUGAGAAAAGGAGGAAGCCUGCUGCUGAGCUCAUUCAGGCUGCCUGGAGGUACUAUGCAACCAACCCCAACAGGAUGGAUCUUGUGGCGACAUGGAGGUUCUAUGAAUCAGUUGUCUCUUUUCCAUUCUUCAGGAAAGACCAACUGGAGACAGCAGCGAGCCAAAAGAUGGGUCUCUUGGAUCGGGUUCGCCUUUCUAAUCCUCGUGGUAGCAAUUCUAAAGGAAAGCUAUUUACCCCUCUGAAUGUAGAUGCUAUAGAAGAAAAUCCUCCUAAAGAACCAAAGCCUGUUGGCUUAAACAAUAAAGAACGCUUCCGCACCGCCUUCCGCAUGAAAGCCUACGCUUUCUGGCAGAGUUCUGAAGAUGCUGGGACAGCUGAUCCCAUGGCAGAGGACAGGGGCUAUGGGAAUGAGUUCCUCGUUGAAGACAUGAUCCCCACCCUGAAGGCUGCCAUCCGAGCUGUCAGGAUUCUACAAUUCCGUCUCUAUAAAAAAAAAUUCAAGGAGACUCUCAGACCUUAUGAUGUGAAGGAUGUGAUUGAGCAAUACUCUGCAGGCCACCUCGACAUGCUCUCCAGGAUAAAGUACCUUCAGACCAGAAUAGACAUGAUUUUCACCCCAGGACCUCCAUCAACACCAAAACAUAAGAAGUCUCAGAAAGGAACAGCAUUCACAUACCCAUCCCAGCAGUCUCCCAGGAACGAACCAUAUGUAGCCAGGGCAUCCACAUCAGAAAUUGAAGACCAAAGCAUGAUGGGAAAGUUUGUGAAAGUUGAAAGACAGGUUCAUGACAUGGGGAAGAAACUGGAUUUUCUCGUGGAUAUGCACAUGCAGCAUAUGGAGAGGUUGCAGGUGCAUGUUACGGAGUACUACCCGACCAAGGGGACCUUGUCACCAGCUGAAUUGGAGAAUAAAGAGCAAAGGGAUUCUGAUUUGAAAGCCAUCAUGUGCAACUAUUCUGAAACAGGUCUCCUAGAGGCCCCCUACAGCUUCCACCAGGUGCCCAUUGACAAAGUCGGACCCUAUGGAUUUUUCGCCCAUGAUCCUGUGACUGUGCCCCACGGGGGAGCCAGUUCUGUAAAAGGCCAAACGACCUCCUCAGCAAACACACAUACAGAAAGACCCACUGUCUUGCCUAUCUUGACUCUUCUUGACUCCCGAGUGAGUUACCACUCCCAGGCUGAACUGCAUGGCCCUUUCCCAGACUGGGCCUCCCCCCGACAGAGACGCAGCAUCACCCGGGACAGCGACACACCCUUGUCCCUGAUGUCUGUCAACCACGAGGAGCUGGAACGGUCUCCCAGUGGCUUCAGCAUCUCCCAGGAUAGAGAUGAGUACAUGUUUGGCCCCAGCGGAGGGUCAAGCUGGAUGAGGGAGAAAAGGUACCUCGCUGAGGGUGAGACGGACACAGACACAGACCCCUUUACACCCAGUGGCUCUAUGCCUCUGUCAUCCACGGGGGAUGGAAUUUCUGAUUCGAUAUGGACUCCUUCUAACAAGCCCAUGUAAAGGGGUCAUGCACUGACUCCACCUUGUAAUGUAGACAGACUUUGUAUAGCUCAUGGCUCACACCUGACACCAGUCAGAUCACCAAUGGCUGCAUCAAACGCAUGCAUGUGUGUGGUGGCACCCCACCUGGGCAGGGGCUUGUCAUGGCCUUUUUCUUCCCCAUGUCACCACAAUGAAGCCGCUUCCUUUUAAGCAUGGUUUGCAUGACUUUACACUAUAUAAAUGGUACUGCUAAUCUCUCUAGGAUACACACUUAUCUGCAGUUCUUAAUUUUAAUCAUGAUUGGACCAGUACAGGGAGAAAUUAACUGAUAAUCUAUGUUAAUUGUCCAUUUGGUUGGCUGAUUUGGGUUUUGGUUAGGUAAGUAUGGAAAGAAAUUUAAGUUAUUGUUCCAACCACUGCCCCAUGGUAUAGAAGAACCCAGUGAUUGACUCUUUUCCAAAACAAGCAAAUCAUUUUCCCAACAAAAAACAUAUUUCAUACUAAUCAGUGAUGUUGACUACUGAGCUAAAACUGUCAGGAAAGAAAUAAAAUAGUCAAUGCUUCUCCAAAACUUAAGAUUUGAAAAAUUGUUAAGAAACAACUGAUAGCACUAUCUGAAAAUUCUCAAAGGAUCCUCACUUGGUCUGCAAUUUCCAGUGUCUUUGCCUCAGUUUCCUCAAUGCAAAAGAUGACAGUAAUCAUAAGUGCAUUCUAAUUGAUGGGGAAGAGACAUUUAUACCUACAUUUAAAAUAACUUCUGACUUAUGCAUCUAAACAAAGUAUAAUUUAUCAUAUGACAGGUGCCCCUCUGGGCAGGAGCUAAGUUCAGUGCCUUCAAAAUGGGGUUCCAACCUACAUUUCUCUACAUGACACUUCUAUACAAUAUCUGUUUCAAAUGGAGUAUAGUAUCCUAAAGGCACAUGAAUUAUCUGGCUCAAAUCUUCUCUAUAAAAGUUAGAACCAUUUAACUCAAGCGAAGAUAUAUGCCCAGGGUCUCUCAGUUGUCCCCAGAGAGACUGAACCAAACCCAGUCAACUGACCUGCUCCAUUGUUGGUUUCCUGCCAUAUCACUGUUAUUGACAGGGUCAAUAUAAAUCUUGCCAAGAUACUUAUAUUGUGUUUUGUGGAAAGCAAUCACAAUACAAUUUAUCUAGCGGGAGGGGACUGUCUGCUCUUUUGCAAAACAUACUUGUUUGAUGCAUUACAUUUAGAAUUAAAAAUACAAAUAAGCUACAACAUUUGGUAAUGUGCAGUUUAGUAAAAUUUUUAGAACCAUUUGACCUCAUUCCUCCAGAUUUUUAAAAAUGCAUGUAGCCAUAAGACCAGCAAAAGUAUAAGCAGUAAACCUGGAAAACACUGCCCUAUUGUCUAAGAAUUAUUAUUAAGCACAAGCCAUCCUAUGGCCUCCU